AUGUCAGGCAUCCUGAAUACCAUCACAGGAGGUCUUUUGGGAAUUAGUAUUAAUGUUCCAUCUGCCUUGCCUUCAAGCGCAGCCUUGGCCGCAUGUGCAGCCAUUGCUUCGGGAACUCAAGUUCUUACUGAAGUCUGGCCAACCAAUGAGUACACCCCGCAAUACACAUAUGCACAGAAUCACUACUGGAGUAGUGCUAACACUGAUAAUGUCCCUGCUUGUGUUGUGCUCCCACAGAAUGCUCAAGACGUUUCAGAGGUAGUCAAGAUUUUGCUUGCGUACCCAACUGUUGCCUUUGCGGUCAAGAGCGGUGGUCACAAUGCAAAUUUCGGGUUCUCAAGUACGGGAGGCGUACUUAUUUCCAUGACGAACAACAAUUCAACCACUCUGUCCUCGAAUAACCAGAAGGCUACUAUUAGCCCAGGUGCCACUUGGGCCCAGGCAGUUUCUGAUCUUGAACCAUUUGGGGUUACUGCCGUAGGAGGUCGAGUUGGUGACGUCGGUGUCGGAGGACUUCUCUUAGGGUGCGGAUUGAGUUUCUUGAGCGCUCAGUAUGGCCUGCCUUGUGACAACGUUCUUGAUUAUGAAGUCGUCCUCUCGAAUAGUUCGAUCAUUCAUGCAAAUUCUACUUCUAAUUCGGACCUCUUCGGGGCACUGAAAGGUGGUGGGAAUCUGUUUGGCAUCGUCACCAAGUUCACCGUGAAAGUCGUUCCCAUUGGUACAGUCUGGGGUGGUUAUCGUACUUACAGCAGUAGUUAUGCCAGUCAGCUAUUGGCCGCUACGCAAGAUUUCACGGAAAACUUCCCCGGUCCUGCUGCUGCCCUCUUCACGACUUUCGAGAUCCUCGCAGACAAUCUUGAUCAAUUUAUUACCGUGUUUUACUUCUACAAUGGCCCGGUAGUACCUCCCGGUGUUUUUGACAAAUUUCUUCCGAUCCCAGCUACAUCCGAUAUGACAACAUCACAAUCUUAUAGCAGCCUGCUCAGUCAGAAUGCCGGUAUCGCCAGUCAAUACGGCUUCCGAUAUUCUCUUCGGGGCGCUACUAUUCCCAACCUACCAUCGACAAACGGUACCGACCUGAUGAUGGCAAAUUACAACAACUGGAUUUCGUACGUCUUAAGUCAGGGCCUUCUGCAGCAAUCAACGUACAUCUUCACCCUCAUCUAUCAACCAAUGAUGAUCUCUAUCCCGGCGGCCUCAGCAGUCGUGAAUCCACUGGGCAAUUUACUCAACCUCUCCACAACCUACGGUGAUCAGAUGUGGAUGGCAGGUACAGUUGCAUGGCUUGAGUCUGAAAUGGAUACCACUGCUCAUUCCAUGCUCACUGACAUCAUGAACGAUGUUGCUUCGUAUGCCAGGACCAAAUACCCAGGUGCCGAAGCAUCAAACUUCGAAGCUGGAGGCAAUAUUCAACAUGAAUAUGCACCUGCGAUCUUUAUGAACGAUGCUAUGUACGAUCAGCAGGUCUUCAAAGGCUACGGUUCCGAUACAUAUCAACGUUUGAAAGUGGUUCAGAGGAAGUAUGAUCCGAUUGGAUUCUUUCCAGGAAGAACAAGCGGUUUCAACCUUACCGGAUAA